CGAGCUGCUGGGAGACCGCGCGGUGGGAUCACACGGCGGCGGCGGCGGCCCACAGACCUGAGCGGCGAGACCUCGGCCCGCGGCCUACUCGGAGCCCUCUCUCCACCGGAGGACCAGGGAUCCGCAGUCUUCAACACAGAGGUACCGUGCUCCGCGCUCCCCGCCCAGCCCGGCCCAGCCUGCUGCGGCGGUGCCUCCUUCCUUCCUUCUUCCCUCGCUCUCUCUCUCGCCCGCCCGCCCGCCCGCGCCUUCCCUGUCUGCCUGCGUCACUGCGGCCGCCAUGGCUGAGAACGGCGAGAGCAGCGGCCCCCCGCGCCCCUCCCGCGGCUCUGCUGCGGCCCAAAGCCCUGCCUCUGCCCCGGCGGAGCCCAAAAUUAUCAAAGUCACUGUGAAGACCCCCAAAGAGAAAGAGGAGUUCGCAGUGCCCGAGAACAGCUCAGUCCAGCAGUUUAAGGAAGCGAUUUCGAAACGCUUCAAAUCCCAAACGGAUCAGCUAGUGCUGAUUUUUGCCGGAAAAAUCUUAAAAGAUCAAGAUACCUUGAUUCAGCAUGGCAUCCAUGAUGGACUGACUGUUCAUCUUGUCAUCAAAAGCCAGAACCGACCUCAGGGCCAGUCCACCCAGCCUAGUAAUGCCGCGGGAACUAAUACUACCACCGCGUCGACUCCCAGGAGUAACUCCACACCUAUUUCCACAAAUAGCAACCCGUUUGGGUUGGGGAGCCUGGGAGGACUUGCAGGCCUUAGCAGCCUGGGCUUGAGCUCGACCAACUUCUCUGAGCUCCAGAACCAGAUGCAGCAGCAGCUCCUGUCCAGCCCUGAGAUGAUGAUCCAAAUCAUGGAAAAUCCCUUUGUUCAGAGCAUGCUUUCGAAUCCUGAUCUGAUGAGGCAGCUCAUUAUGGCCAAUCCACAGAUGCAACAAUUGAUUCAGAGAAACCCAGAAAUCAGUCACCUGCUCAACAACCCAGAUAUAAUGAGGCAGACCCUCGAAAUCGCCAGGAAUCCAGCUAUGAUGCAAGAAAUGAUGAGAAAUCAAGACCUGGCUCUCAGCAAUCUUGAAAGCAUCCCAGGUGGCUACAAUGCUUUACGGCGCAUGUACACUGACAUUCAAGAACCCAUGCUAAAUGCCGCACAAGAGCAGUUUGGGGGUAAUCCGUUUGCCUCGGUGGGGAGCAGUUCCUCCUCUGGGGAAGGUACGCAGCCUUCCCGCACAGAAAAUCGCGAUCCACUACCCAAUCCGUGGGCGCCACCACCGGCUACCCAGAGUUCUGCGACCACCAGCACAACAACGAGCAGUGGCAGUGGAUCUGGCACUAGCUCUAGCAGUGCUACGGGGAACACAGUGGCUGCAGCUAAUUAUGUUGCCAGCAUCUUCAGCACCCCAGGAAUGCAGAGCUUGCUGCAACAGAUAACUGAAAACCCCCAGCUGAUCCAGAAUAUGCUGUCUGCACCCUAUAUGAGAAGCAUGAUGCAGUCGCUGACCCAGAAUCCAGAUUUGGCUGCACAGAUGAUGCUGAAUAGCCCUGUGUUUACUGCAAAUCCUCAGCUGCAGGAGCAGAUGCGUCCACAGCUCCCUGCUUUCCUGCAGCAGAUGCAGAAUCCAGACACACUCUCAGCCAUGUCAAACCCAAGAGCAAUGCAGGCUUUAAUGCAGAUCCAGCAGGGGCUACAGACAUUAGCCACUGAAGCACCUGGCCUCAUUCCAAGCUUCACUCCAGGUGUGGGGGUGGGGGUGCUGGGAACAGCUAUAGGCCCUGUAGGCCCAGUCACACCCAUAGGCCCCAUUGGCCCCAUAGUCCCGUUUACUCCCAUAGGCCCCAUUGGACCCAUAGGACCCACUGGCCCUGCAGGUCCCCCUGGCUCCACUGGCUCAGGCGCCCCCCCUGGGCCCCCUGUAUCUAGCUCUGCACCCAGUGAAACUACGAGCCCAACAUCGGAAUCUGGACCCAACCAGCAGUUCAUUCAGCAAAUGGUGCAGGCUCUGGCUGGAGCAAAUCCUCCGCAGCUGCCGAAUCCAGAAGUCAGAUUUCAACAACAACUGGAACAGCUCAACGCAAUGGGGUUCUUAAACCGGGAAGCAAACUUGCAGGCUCUAAUAGCAACAGGAGGCGACAUCAAUGCAGCCAUUGAGAGGCUGCUGGGUUCCCAGCCAUCAUAAUUACAUUUCUGUACCUUGAAAAAAUGUAUCUUAUUUUUGAUAAUGGCUCUUAAAUCUUUAAACACACAUAAUUGUACUUUACUUUCACUUUGAUUCUUUUAAAUCUGUCUAGUUAUAAAUUUAAUAUGCAUUUUAAGGUGGAGUCCUUUCCUCCCUCUUUGUUUCCUCCCUCCCUCCCUUCCUUCCUUCCUUCCUUCCUUCCUUCCUUCCUUCUCUGUUUUGAAUGGUGGGAAUCAAUGCCAUUUCACUCAAAGGUGUUGCAUGCAAACACUUCUGCUUUUAUUGUGAUUUUUGGAAACAGGUAUCAACCUUUACAGUUGGGUGAACAAGUUUUGUCCUACAGAUGUCCAAUUUAUUUGCAUUUUAAACAUUAUCCUAUGAUAGUAAUUAAAUGUAGAAUGAAAAUAUUAAAAACAUAAAUUAAUUGAAGCUCUAAUUUGUGGUACAAUAUUGCUUAUUGUGACUUUGGCAUGUAUUUUUGCUAGCAAAAUGCUGUAAGAUUUAUACCAUUUGAUCUUUUUUGCUAUAUUUAUACACAGUACAGUAAGCACAAUUGGAACUGUACAUCUAGAAAUAUUACAACAGAAUCUCUGAGCAGAAUAUGUAUAACCAAAAUGAGAAAGGAUAUAAGAAAUAUUUCUGGAGCUCGGUAUAUCUCACAAUUUUGUAGAAUCUUACAGCAUCUUUGAUAAACUUCUCAGUGGAAAUGUUGGCUAGGCAAGUUCAGUUAAAAUAUAGUAGAAAUGUUUAUCCUGGUAUCUCUACGUAUACAUUUAAUUGUACAGAAAACUUACAGUGUGACAUUGUGUCAACAUUUGCAAAUUGAUUGUAUAUGAUCUUAAUCUUAGUGCAGCCUGAAGGAUCAGUAUAGUAAUGCCAGGAAAGUGCUUUUUUUAAGACUUCCUUCUCAGCUUCUCCCAUAAAGAGACCCUAAUACGCAUUUUGAUUUGUAAUUGGAAAUGUAACUUUCACUGAAAAUGUCAUGUGACGUUUGCAUUACUUUUAACUGCUGUGUAUAAAGGAAACUGUAUCUUUUGACUCUAUCAGUUAUUUCUCUUGUGCACAGGGAAAAAUGCAUUAAAAAUGACUAAAAAAAUAAAAAAAUUUAAAAUGGA